AUGCGCGGUAAGUUCUCCGCGCAGGCGCGGGUUUGGCACGCAGCGACCGAGGCGCAGGAGGAGACGGGGCAGCAGGCUGGAGGGGGGGUGAGCGAGGUGCGCGGGCGCCCGCCCCCCUCCGUCGGCGCAGCUUCCCCCGUACGGGGGCCCGUGCGGAGGGCGGAGGUGCCGAUUGCGGGGAGCCUGGUGCUGGGGGGAACUGCGCAUGGGCACGGGCUGGUCGGGGGAGGCUGGGGGGGAGCAUGGGGGGUCGGCGGAGCGUGGGGAGGGGGAAUCGGCGGAGCGUGGGGAGGGGGAAUCGGCGGAGGCGGAAGCGGCGGGGGAAGCCUAAUAUCGUGGGUUUCCGCGGGGGUGGCUUGGGCGCAGCGGCAUGUGCUUUUCCUUGCAGCCUUAAUCCUGUUUCUGUACUCGUUAAUAGCUGUCUUCCACGCGUCUAACAGCCCCGCGGAUCCGCGGUUAGGGGGAGAUGGUUCCGCGGCAAGACUCGGCGCUCUCCGCUCCCACUGUGGUCCGUCUACCGCGCUAGGCGCACAGAACAGCGGUGCUUCAUCCUCGUUACAAGGCGGUGGCGCAUUCGGGCUGGGGCAAUGGCAGGGGAUUCCCUCGCGCGUUAUCGUGCCGCCUCCCCACCCGCUGUCCCGUUCCGUCGCGCGCGUGCUUCUUAAAGCCACCGCCGUGCUCUCCCUCUCCCAGAGCGUGCCGCGCGCCAUGCGGGUGACAGGGCCAGGAGCGAGAGCAGGAGCAGGAGCAGGAGGAGGAGGAGAAGGCAACGGGGGAAGCAGACGAGGAGGCCGGGGAGGCGGAGCAGGCGGAGGAGGCGGAGGCGGACGGGGGUGGAUGGGGGGAGGAGAGGGGGACUGGUUAGACGAUACAGAGUCAGGUGCAGACGUAACGCAAUCCCAAUCGCAGCUCCGCGCAGACGAAUCCCAAGCGGACGCCCAAUCGCCAUCCGCGCGCCUCUCUCUCACCAUCUUCUGCGCGCCCAAGCCGUAUCUCUCCGCCUCCCCCGCCUCCGACCCGCAACGGCGCGCGCUGCUCUCGUGGCUGCGCCUCUCGCUGCGCCCCACCGUGGUGCUUCUAGGGAACGACUCGUCCUUCCACGUCCUCGCUAAGGAGUUCCCCGGGAGGGUGGUUGUAGACGCGCGCGUGGACACGAAUUUCUAUGGCGUUCCGCUGGUGCACUCCAUGCUUGCGCGCGCGCGCGCCGCGCCCACCAUGGUGUCUCUGCUCAUUAACGGAGAUAUACUGUUGCUGGAAGACGUUGUGCCGGCGCUUAUUAAAGUGCAGAGGACGUUUAAGAGCUGGGUGCUGACUGCUGCUCGGUGGGACGUGAGUGCGGAUUUCCCCUUUGCGCUAGAAGCACGGGAAGGGGGCGGAGGGGAGGGGGAGGGAGCCGGAGGAGGAGGAGGAGGAGGAGCAGGAGGAGGGGAGGAGGGGGAAGAGGGGGGUAGUGGCGAGGGGGAAGGUAUAAGGCAAGCGGCGGAAGGGGAGUGGCUGGUGAUAGGGGAAGGGAAUGGGGCUAGCACAGACAGCAGCAGCAGCAGCAGCAGCAGCAGCAGCAGCGGUGGUGGUAAGAGACGGAGUUACCUGGUGGGGAGCAGUGUGGUAGAGGCUGAGGUGAGGCGAUAUGUGCGGCGGCAGGGCAGCCUGCACACGUAUGGAGGGGUGGACUUCUGGGCGUGGAACAACUACGUGCAUGGCGCUCGUGCCAGCAGCAGCAGCAGCAGCAGCAGGAGCAGAAGAGACAUGAGUGAGGGGGGCAGUGACGGCGACAGCGAAGGUGGAAGCGGGAACAGGGAGGGCGGUGAGAGUGGUGGGAGCGGUGAGGGUGGUGAGCGUGGUGAGGAGGGCAGCGAGGGGAAGGACAACACGCCGCUGUUUGCAGGGGAGAUGCCGCCGUUUGCGUUCGGGCGUGGCAAGUACGACAACUGGCUGACCCACGAGAUCGUAGCAGCGGGGCUGCGGCAGAUGGUGGAUGCCAGCGAUGCAGUCACGUCCGUCCACGUGGCGCAUUCCUACUCGCACGUGGUGUCGGGGGGCGUGGCGGCAGGCAAGGCGGGGCUGAGUUUUUGGAGCACGCGCAAGCAGUCGAGCUGGGAGCUGUAUGCGAAUAUACAUAUGUCACAGACGCACGGGUCGUACCGGAAUCAGAAGGGCACUGCGCUGCAUAUUCCCUGGCGCCUGCUCUCCUGCUUCGAUGCUGCUGCGUCCAACAUGUGCUUGCAGCGGCGGGUGCGGCCAGCCAACUGCACAUGUGAGUACUCCUCUUUCGUGCCGGCGUCCCAAUCAGACCCGCGGUGGGAGAAGGGCAGCACGGUGUGUGGCACGCUCUCCAUCGACCACAACAAGGACUUCACCAUCCACCCACUGCCCACGCCGCGAUCGCCCCCGGGCCUCCCCCACACGCUCGAGCAGCUGCUGCCACAGCUCGCCAGGAACGUCAGCGCCGCUGCUGCUGCUGGCGGCGGCGGCAGCAGCAGUGGCGGCAGGGGGAGCGGAGAAAGGGAGAAGGAGCAGGAGCAGGAGGAGGAGCAGCUGAGAGUGGUGACGCUAGUGGCAGUCACCUUCACCUACGCCGACAUGCUCAUGAGCUUUGUCUGUCGCCUGCGCGCCCUGGGCCUGGCCGACAACCUCCUAAUAGCAGCGCUCGACACGGAGAUGUACCGCUUUGCCUUCCUGCAGGGCCUCGCAGUCUACCUCGAGCCAGGCGCCUCCGCCUCCCUCGGCUCACACGCGUCUCUCGGCACCGACGCUGCUUCCCCCUUCCGUGACUGCCCCUUUGGUAGCCCGUGCUUCCAGGCAUUCACCAAGCUUAAGUCUCGAGCAGUGCUGCGGGUGCUCAGAGCUGGUUACUCUGUACUGCUGUCGGAUGUGGACGUGGUGUGGUUUAAAGACCCAUUGCCGUGCCUGCUGGCGUUUGGUCCGGGCACGCUGCCGAUCCAGAGCAACGAGCCAAACGCGAGCCUGCCGGGUACGGGCAUUCGGAGGAUCAACUCGGGGUUUUACUUUGCGCGCGCGGAGCGGAUGGUUGUGGAGGCGUUUGAGGCGAUUGUGAGGCAUGCGGGCAAGACGAAGCUGUCGGAGCAACCGAGCUUCUAUGAUGUGCUGUGCGGGGCGCAAGGGGAGUUGGUGGUGCGAGAACUGAAGCAGAAACAGCCGCAGCAGCAGCAGCAGCAGUGGGGGGGAGGGAGCCAGGCAACGCAGUGGUGGCUUGGCAGCAGCGGGAGCAAGGAGCAAGGAGGAGGGGGGUUGGGGGGAGUAAAGGCAGGGGAAGAAGAGGAGGAGUCGUGCAUUUGGAAGAAUGGUCUUCGCACGAUUCUCCUGAACCGGUCUCUGUUCCCCAAUGGGGCGGUGCAUAAGUUGUGGGCGCGAGCGAGUGUGGGGAGGGCGUGUCGGGCCAAGGGGUGUGUGGUGCUGCAUAAUAACUGGAUCACAGGGCAUGCGGAGAAGAGAGAGCGGAUGAAGCGACAUGGGUUCUGGCACUAUGAUGUGGCAAGGAGGAUGUGUGUGUGGGGGUGGCAUGAGGAGUAUGGAGGGGAGAGGGAGGAUGCUGAUGCACGUGCUGCUGGCCAUGCGGAUUCAAGGUGA